AAGCAGAACGCUGCUCCAAUCGGGAGAGCUCCAGGAGGAGGAAAAGCAGACCCAGGGACAGUCCCCGCGCUACAGCAGGGCCUCUUUGGGAGAAGAGCGCAGUGUGACUUUGGAAAAGAAGACUCGAAAAGUCCCUGAUGCUGGCCACAGCAGCGACUGCGAGACGACUCCGGAUGUCUGCCCCAGGAGAGCCCAGAGGAGGCGCACCGGGUGCAGCAAGCGCCGAGAUCCAGGUCCCCAGGAGUCCAGCCGCCUCCACUCCGGAACUGAGCUGGGAGCAGCUCUCCAUGCUCGCCAGAUCCGGGGGUGUCUGUGCGCCCAGGUGCAGACCGUCUACACCAUGGCCACCCAGGCGGCCUAUGUCAUCCCUGCUGGCUCGUCCCAACUCCAAUGCCGGGUCCCCGGGGGACUGUUGAUAUUCAGGGACGUGGCCAUAGAAUUCUCUCAGGAGGAGUGGGAAUGCCUGGACACUGCUCAGAGGGCCUUGUACAGGGACGUGAUGUCGGAGAACUACAGGAACCUGGUCUUCCUAGGUCUUGCUGUCUCUAAGCCGGACCUGAUCACCUUUUUGGAGCAAAUGAAGGAGUACUGCGUUUUGAAGAGAAAAAAGACAAUAUCCAUCCACCCAGGUACGUGGGAAUGUCAGAAGCAGAUGACACAGAGUACAUGUAAUGGAAAGAGAAGUUAUCAAUUCAACAAAUCUUGGAAAAACUUUAACCAAGGAUCAGAUCGUAAAAAACAUAAGAGAACUCAUCUCACAGAGAACAAAUAUAAAUGUAGCAAAGACUUUGAUCAAAGCUCAAAUCUUAUACAUCAGGAUAUUUAUAUUGCAAAGAAGAUUGACAAACGUAGUGAAAGUGGCAAAUCUUUGAACCAGUCUUUAAAUCUUACUAAACAUCAGAAUAGUCAUACUGGGGAGGAAUCUUACAAAUGUAGAGAAUGUGGCAAAACCUUUAACCAGCGCUCCAGACUUACUGAACAUGAGAGAAUUCAUACUGGAGAGAAGCCUUACAAAUGUCGAGAAUGUGGCAAAGCCUUUAACCAGCACUCCAGACUUACUGAACAUGAGAGAAUUCAUGCUGGAGAGAAGCCUUACAAAUGUCGAGAAUGUGGCAAAGCCUUUAACCAGCGCUCCAGACUUACUGAACAUGAGAGAAUUCAUACUGGAGAGAAGCCUUACAAAUGUCGAGAAUGUGGCAAAGCCUUUAACCAGCGCUCCAGACUUACUGAACAUGAGAGAAUUCAUGCUGGAGAGAAGCCUUACAAAUGUCGAGAAUGUGGCAAAGCCUUUAACCAGUAUUCAAGCCUUACUCGCCAUCAGAAAAUUCAUAGUGGAGAAAAGCCUUACACGUGUAAAGAAUGUGGUAAAGCCUUUAACCGGUACUCAAACCUUACUCAGCACGAGAAAAUUCAUGCUGGAGAGAAACAAUACAAAUGUGAAGAAUGUGGCAAAGCUUUUCACCAAUACUCAGUCCUUAGUCAGCAUCAGAGAAUUCAUGCUGGAGAGAAGUCUUAUAAAUGUAGAGAAUGUGACAAAGCCUUUAAGCAGUGGUCAAGCCUUACUCGACAUCGAAGAAUUCACACUGGAGUGAAACCUUACAAAUGUAAAGAAUGUGGCAAAGCCUUUAACCAGUGCUCAAACCUUACUCAGCAUCAGAGAAUUCAUGUUGUAGAGAAAACUUACAAAUGUCGAGAAUGUGGCAAAGCUUUUAAGCGGUACUCAAACCUUAUUCAGCAUGAGAGCAUUCAUACUGGAGAGAAACAAUACAAAUGUGAAGAAUGUGGCAAAGCCUUUAACCGAUACUCAGUUCUUACUCAGCAUCAGAGAAUUCAUGGCAGAGAGAAGCCUUACCAAUGUAAAGAGUGUGACAGAGCCUUUAAGCAGUGCUCAAACCUUACUCGACAUCAGAGAAUUCACACUGGAGAGAAACGUUACAAAUGUAAAGAAUGUGGGAAAGCCUUUAAUCAGUGGUCAACCCUUACUCGACAUCAUAGAAUUCAUACUGGAGAGAAACCUUAUGAAUGUAGAGAGUGUGGCAAAGCCUUUACCCAGCGCUCACACCUUACUCAACAUCAGAAAAUUCAUGCUGGAAAGAGGCCUUAA